AGCCGGGAUGUCCAGGGCUUCUGCAGCCGUGGACGACGCAGAGGAGCAGGCGGAGGAGGAUUGCCCCGAAUUGGUCCCUAUUGAGACGAAGCAAAGAGAGGAGGAGAAAAAGUCUGGCCCCGGCGCUAAGAUCCCAGUCACAAUUAUCACCGGGUAUUUAGGUGCUGGGAAGACAACACUUCUAAACUAUAUAUUGACUGAGCAGCAUAGUAAAAGAAUAGCAGUCAUUCUCAAUGAGUUUGGGGAAGGAAGUGCAGUGGAGAAAUCAUUGGCUGUCAGCCAAGGUGGAGAGCUCUAUGAAGAAUGGCUGGAACUUCGAAAUGGUUGUCUCUGCUGUUCAGUAAAGGACAAUGGACUUAAAGCUAUUGAAAAUUUGAUGGAGAAGAAAGGGAAGUUUGAUUACAUAUUGUUAGAGACUACUGGGUUAGCAGAUCCUGGUGCUGUGGCUUCUAUGUUUUGGGUUGAUGCUGAAUUAGGGAUGGAUAUUUAUCUUGAUGGAAUCAUAACUGUUGUAGAUUCAAAAUAUGGAUUAAAGCAUCUAGCAGAAGAAAAAUCUGAUGGCCUCAUCAAUGAAGCUGCCAGACAAGUUGCUUUGGCAGACAUCAUCAUCAUCAAUAAAACAGACUUGGUUCUAGAAGAGGAUUUAAACAAACUAAGGAUGACCAUUAGAUCAAUAAAUGGACUUGGAAAAGUUUUAGAAACACAAAGAUCAAGAGUCGAUCUCUCAAAAGUAUUAGAUCUUCAUGCCUUUGACAGUCUCUCUGGAAUAAGUUUGCAGAAAAAAAUUCAGCACAUGCCAACAACUCAACCUCACCUUGAUAAGAGUAUUGUUACAGUCACAUUUGAAGUACCAGGAAAUACAAAGGAAGAAAAUCUCAAUAUAUUUAUUCAGAAUCUUCUUUGGGAAAAGAACGUGAGAAGCAAGGAUGGCAUGUGCAUGGAGGUCAUACGACUCAAGGGCCUGGUGUCAAUCAAAGACAAACCACAACAAGUGAUUGUCCAAGGUGUCCAUGAGCUGUAUGACCUAGAGGAGACACCGAUUAGCUGGAAAAAUGACACUGAGAGAAUAAAUCGGUUGGUUUUUAUUGGUAGGCAUUUAGAUAAAGAUAUCCUUAAACAAUUGUUUAUAGCAACUGUGACAGAAACAGAAAAAGCGGUGAACAGUGCAUUUGAAAGAAGAUAAAGUUGGCAUGUAAGACUAGAGGACUUCUUAUGAAAAGGAUUGGCUGCUAAAAAUUGACAUUGGGGAGAAAUUUUCUACUGGGUUUCUCUUAGACAUUCUGUUUCUUCCAUUAUCUGUUAGGAAGUCUAUUGUACUUAAAAAUAGUACUUAUUUUGUAAAAUAAAAUAUUGUAGUCAGUAUGUAAGGCAUUUGCUAAUCAUACAAUAAAACAUAUUAUCU